AUGAAUAGUACUUUGGUGCGUAUGAGUAACUCCAUAGCAAGGGUAAACAACCAAAUGAACGAUCAUACGCCACCAAGUACGGCGAGAAGACAAAAAUUUUAUAUUAACCGAAAUAGCUGUGGAAAAGUCAGUGCUUCGGAAUUACUGAAAUUCAAAAAGAAAAAUAAUAAAAUUCAGAAACGUUUUGUGGAUGGUAUUUUGGAAGAUGUAAAUCGUAUAACAACAGUGCAUGGAGUAAGUGGAAUAUUUCAAACCACAUCACUGGGAUGUGAGAGAUCUCUUCUGGCUCUCGGACUAAUCGUAGCCAUUUAUAUUCUUGCUCUCAUCACCUGGAAUAUUUUGUACAUCUACCACUAUCAACCCAUGAAGACAGUAAUAGCUGAGUUGGAUGCCCCGAUUUAUAAACUAGCCUUUCCCGAGAUAAUGAUCUGCAAUCAAAAUCGUUUCAAUUGGCAACGAUAUACUGAGGCCAGAGAGAAAUUUUUACCCCAGGACAACGAUUCAUCGAAAUAUGAUGAAGUUUUCAGAGAUGCUAUUGAGGCUUUUGACACAUUGUAUUUUGGGCGAUUUCAUGUUUUUGAAAAUAUCUCUAAACUUUACAAACCUGAGCUGCUAUAUGAUCUGAAUUAUAUAAAUUUCACCAAAGUCUCCGAAUUCAUGGCAUGGAGAUGCGACGAGAUGUUCUCCGAUUGUGUAUGGCAAAAUCGUACCACCGACUGUUGCGAGUUAUUUACACCAAGAAAAUCGCCAAAGGGUCAAUGUUUGUCAUUUAACACAGUCGAAUCAGAAGUGGGUGCUAGACGACGUAAAACUGAUCGCUACUAUCCCAUACGCACAAUAGGGCGAGGUGUAAAAAAUGGUCUAAGGCUGCGAGUUCACAUAAGAAAUGGAUGGCAUUCUCCGGAAAGCUUAGGCAAGGGCAAAGGAGUAUUGGUUAUGGUGGUUGAGCAAGAUGUUUGGGCAUAUUGGCAUCGUGCGAUUCCAACAAAUUCAAGAGUAUUCCUUUCGAUUGCACCUCGUCUUCGCAUCUUCAACGAGAACACCCGCCAAUAUUCCUCGUCGUUUAGGAAUUGCAUGUUUGAGGAUGAACUAAACACCGUGGACUUCAGGUCCUUGGAAGGUCACCCAUAUAUGUUCGAAAAUUGUUAUUCCGAAUGUCAACAGGAGUAUUUGAUGGAGUUCUGCAAUUGUAGCAUGGAUAUGUUUUUUCCACCAACACAAAGAUUUCCACCUUGUCGUUUAUCAGAUUUUCCAUGUAUAUAUAGACAUGAAGAAAAACUGCGAUAUUUUCAGCGCUUAAGAGAACAGAAUUAUGUAAAAGAUUCCCACUCUGGCAUGAUAUGUGAUUGCUAUUUCAAUUGUAAAUCUUUGAAUUACCGCACCGAUUAUCGGGUGGAACAUAUACCCGAAAUAUUUAUUGAUCCCAAUGAUACCGGUUUGGAGAUGUAUAUCUAUUUUUUAUGGGAUUCAUUUACAAUCUAUGAGACAUCUGCCGUUUAUACUGUAUUUGAUUUAAUGGCUUCCGUUGGUGGCCUUGCUGGUUUAUGCUUUGGCUGUUCAUUAGUUGGUGUUACAGAGCUGUUAUUUUUCUUUUUUAUUGACUUACCGAAGAGAGGUUUGAUGUGCCUAUUUUCUCUACAAUGCUUCAAACCCAAAAAACGAGUCCCCAGAGUACGAAAGCUUUUUGUCAAACGAAAGGCUUUGCCAUUUAAUUGA